CACGUGGUGGGCGUCCCCUUGCGCACGUGUGUUUGGCGCGUCGGAGUCGCCAUGCCUGCCGGCUGGGGGGCUGCCUUCGCCGCCGGGGCCGGUCUGUUGGGGGCGCUGGCCGCCUGCUCCGCAAAGCUGGCCCUGGGGGCGGAUUACCUGCGGGGAGCCUGCGCCGCGGUCGUCGGAGGCGAGGAGGCGGCCUCUGGUGCCUGCUCCUGGGUAAGAAGCGGGAUCUGCUCCCUCCCGAGGGCAGGAUCGGGCGCAGCAGCGCUACGUUUGGGCAGCUGGGGAGGGAUUUGUGGCCCGUUUGUCCCGGAAGAGACGAAAAAAAUUAAUGGAUGGAUGUAGCGACGCGCGCAAAAGCAGCUGGGAAGCCUCUGCAAGCGACCUUCCGAAAGCGCAUCAGUUUUCAUCCGUGCGUCUCAUCCUACGCUGUGCUUUUAGUGUCUCUGGGCUUGAUCCGUAUCCUGGAUCAAGGAGAUAUAUACACACACACGCGCCCACGCACACACACGGUUUUACAUAGGGGAAAGCAGAGAUUUAAAAGAAACACGGCAAGCGCCCCGAUGGUCCCGGUUUGUGCAAAGUUUUGGAGACGUCUUUAUAAACACGUUGCUUUGCGCGCGCCAGAAUUGCCAGUCUUGUCUGGGGUUCGGGGUGUCUUCGGAAUUAAAUUUGCGGCCGGGAGGCAAUUUUCUAAGGCAGAGAGGAGUCAUGGCUUUUCAGUGAAACAAAAGCAUCACAUUGGGACUUAAAGAGACUGAGCUGUGCGUUGGGAAAUCUCAUGUGCAAAUCUCACCUUUGCCAUGAGGUGGCUCUCGAGUUCUCGCUCUCCAGCUGCAAUAUGGUGAAGAAUCGUUAUACUGAGGUUCUUGUAGGAUUGCAAUUUGAUCAGAGAUGGGGAACCCUGCUGUAAAGUCAGCCCCGAAUUUAGGGAGCUGUGGGUGCAUAGGGCACCUUUCUGACAGGGCUCAGAAUAAUAAUAAUAAUAAUAAUAUCAAGAAAACCCGUUAAAAAAGGAACUGUUACCAAAAGGAACUAUUGUGAAAAUAAGAAAUAUCUAGGGGGAGUGGCAAAGGUCUUUGCUCAGGGCACCAUAUUACCAAGUCUGCCACUGGACAAGUCAACUCCAGCUUUCAGAAAUAAGAACCGUAGUGUCUUCUGCUUUGUUGUUGUUUAGUCGUUUAGUCGUGUCCGACUCUUCGUGACCCCAUGGACCAGAACACGUCAGGCACUCCUGUCUUCCACUGCCUCCCGUAGUUUGGUCAAACUCAUGCUGGCAGCUUCGAGAACACUGUCCAACCAUCUCGUCCUCUGUCGUCCCCUUCUCCUUGUGCCCUCCAUCUUUCCAAACAUCAGGGUCUUUUCCAGGGAGUCUUCUCUUCUCAUGAGGUGGCCAAAGUAUUGGAGCCUCAGCUUCACGAUCUGUCCUUCUAGUGAGCACUCAGGGCUGAUUUCCUUCAGAAUGGAUGGGUUUGAUCUUCUUGCAGUCCAUGGGACUCUCAAGAGUCUCCUCCAGUACCAUAAUUCAAAAGCAUCAACUAUUCGGCGAUCAGCCUUCUUUAUGGUCCAGCUCUCACUUCCAUACAUCCCUACUGGGAAAACAAUAGCUUUUACUAUACGAACCUUCUGCUAAGUCUUCUGCUAAGGGCGUCUAAACACAGAGUGCACAAGUGCUUCAGCUUGUGGGAAAUGGUAUCCCUUUUUUUGCAGAUGCCACAAGAAACCUGAGGAUUGUGAGACCCCCAUUCUGUGGCUUCUCCCCAGCCAGCCAGCCAGCCAGCUUCCUGAUGGUUGUGGUGCUGGAAUGAGUUACAGUUUGGGCUGCAUUGCCUUGAGCUUUUCACAGGACUCCAGCUCCCACAGUGCAGCUUACCUGCAAAGGUAAAUUUCAGGAUCAAAGUAAAGUUGGCUGGAUCUCCUGAUCUUUUCUUUAAAAAAUAGAUGAAAUGCAGCCACCGUGGGCCACCAACUUCUUCAUUCUUUCCUUCCGGCACAGAAUUGCCCUCCUCUUCAGUAUGUUUGCCCUGUAGUUGGAGGACAAGGAAGCAUCACCCUGCCUUCAGCUUCUCAGAGGGUAUAAAUGCUGUUCUUAAAAAAAUCAUAACUAAAAUUAUGCGGCAAACAGUAAGUGUGGAGGAGGGCAAAUCAGAAAAUCAAUACAGUGGUUCCUCGGGUUACAGACGCUUCUGGUUAUGCGAUUUCGGGUUGCGCACCACGCCAAACCCGGAAGUACCGGAACGGGUUACUUCUGGGUUUCAGCGCAUGCGCAGAAGCACUAAAUCACGCUUUGUGCAUGCGCAGAAGCACCAAAUUAUGACCCACGCAUGCGCAGACGCAGCGGGUUGCGAACGUGCCUCCCGCACGGAUCACGUUCGCAACCCGAGGUUCCACUGUACGUGGGAGAGGGUGAAAUACCCCAGGACUACAAUUUUGUAGCCUGCAUUUCCUUAGAAAUGCGCCCAUUGGGAGACCCAGCCACAGAUCUCCUGUGUAACAUGUAGUUUGUACUUAGAUCCUCCUGGAAGAUGCUUUUUUCCUCCUUUCUUGGCACACAGUGGGAAAUUGAUUGCUUCCCCAUUCAUCUUUAAGGUACAACACAAAAGCCUGCCUGGGUGGCCACCAGGUAACUGAAGGCACCCAAAGGUGUGGCAGAGGCCAGUUAAUCCCCACAGUGAAGCAACGCCUUUCUCUUCUCUGUUUAUUCAAAGGACCGUUUCUUUGUGCCCAUUCCGUGCUUGAUUCUCCCACCCGCACCCAUUUCUUUUCCUUCUGGUAUUCUGUCAGGUCCACCUUAUGUAAGCCUCCUGCUGUGUAGGGCAGACCCACAAAGGCAGGAUUUGCAUUAACAACAGAAACCACAUGUCCCUGUACAUAUUCACAGAGAUUUUCAGGGUCAUUUGCCCGUGGAGUUUCAUCCUUGACAGACACACUUGGGACCCAAAAUGCAGUGGGAAAUGCCUGAAGCAGGGCUUGGGUCACGCUGCAAGUCCACAAUAAUCAUAAUCAUCAUAAUUUAUUGACUUUUAGAAGACAUCUGAAGGCAGCCCUGUUUAGGGAAGUUUUUAAUGUUUGAAGUUUUAUUCUGUUUAAUAUUUUGUUGGGAGCCACCCAGAGUGGCUGGGGAAACCCAGCCAGAUGGGUGGGCUAUAAAUAAAUUAUUAUUAUAUUUUUAUUAUUUUUACUAUUUUUAUUAUUUUUAUAUUUUUUUAUUAUUUUUAUUAUUUUAUUAUUAUUAUUAUAUCCCAGCCAUCUGACUGGGUUUUCCCAGCCACUCUGGGUGGCUCGCAACAGAAUAAUAAUAAUAAUAAUAAAAUGAUAAAGCAUCCAACGUUAAAAACUUCCCUAAGCAGGGCCACCUUCGCAUUACCAUUCAAGAAGGGGAAAUGAGGCUAUCUUUUAGACCAUCCAUGAAGGUGGACAUACAAUCGUAUUCCCCUGUGUGUUUGCAUUUAUAUUACGGUGGCCAGAGUAGGGAUCCUGCACCUUAAAAUAGCAGUGUGGAAGAGGGAAUUGCAUGACAAGCUACCACUCUUCCUCACACCCAUUAAAGGUGAAGAGCCCUGCCCUCCUUUGCCUCAGGCCAGCCUAAGAUGCUGUGUAGUCAUGAACUGGCAGGAUGCUGACAGUGAGCACACCAGAGAGAGGGGGGCAGUGGUCUGUGGGGAACUGUACCAGCCGGGAGACAAGAGUCAGAGGCAGGAGAAGCUUCAGAGCUGGAGGGAGAGGCAGGCCGGACAAAGGGAAGUGUUUCCCCACCCUCUCCUGCACCACUGUUUCCUAGAACCAGAAGGGGGCUGAAAAGGGAUGAGCAGAGGACGUUGCCACACAGGCACAGUCUCUGGCUGCCUGUAUGCAGCCCAACAGGGGAAGGUACAUAAACUGGUGGAGGGAGAGUAGUCCCCUGUUGCUGCACUUGGUCCACAGAGUGCAGAUCUGGGAACAGCUGCCUAGUCUCUAGAUUGGUGUGUGUAGGAAUCCAGAGCUGUAGAAGCAACUGUGCUAUCUUUGUCAAUAAAGAGUUGACAAAGAGUUGCAUUGCCUGGAAAGUGCCCUUGACAUGUGUCCAGUGCUUCCUCGGGCCUGCGUGAGGGUGUAAGCUGCUUUGCCUCUACGUGUGUGGUUCUGUUUAAAUCAAUUUGCUCUGUGUGCGUAUGGCGUGCGUACGGAUAUCUCUGUCCCCCACAACAGGGCAAUAAGCAUGCAAAUCUCACCUGAAGUUGCAAAAGCUAUUUGCUAAUAGGAAAGAUUAUUUGCCAAGCGCAAUCGGACUUCGCUCAGAGUAAAUACUUCAGAACUUGCCAAUCAGAGUUUGUUUGAAGAAGGGUUCCUUGGAAUGCUAAAUUUAGUUGAGAAACGCUUAGUCAGUUUUUUUUUUCAUUUGGCUAAGCUGUUUCCUGAAUUGUAGAAGAAAGAUCCUGCUCAAGAAUGCUUGAAUUGGGUGAUGUCUCCUCACAUUUAAAACUCUUGACAGGCUCAUCCAUAAUCUUUUAGUAUUCCGCUCUGAGUUGUUUAUAUCACCGGCUUCUGAACCAGAGUGAAUCUAGAUCAGAACUUGGCUUUAGCUCACUCUGAGGAAAUGUGGGGCACAUAGGUAAUUAUAUAUAAUACACCAACAAAGAUCUAAACUGGGGCCAGAGUGGUCUUGUUUCUACUGACCCAUUUUGCUUUCUUUAUACUUAUGCGUAAAAAGCAGCUGAUUCUCCCCCCUGCCCAAGCAAGCCUGUUUCCGUAGCUGUUGCAGAAGAAGUGAAGCCAUUUCCUCCACAGGACAGAAGCCGAUGGAGCUAGCAAGGCAAAGCGCUUUGUCCCUGCUUGGCCAGCUCAGUCACUUACCUGGAGGGAAUUCCUGGUCGCCAGCGGUGACCAAAUGAGUGGUUAAAAACAAGGCUCCGCCAGAUGCAUCAUAACCAUCUGAAUAAAGUUGACCAGUGUCUGUUUAUACUUCUGAAAUUUAUGCCAUCAUGCACAGCUGUGAGUUUGUUCUUCCAGAAGGAUAGACUCAUAGCUGUCAACCGUCCCUUAUUUGGUGGGAAACUCCCUUAUCCCAGCACCGUGUCCUGCUGCUGUCCCUUAUUGAUGAUGUCUCUUAAAUUUCCUGGGUUUCAUGCUCACCUGGCUCGGGAGGGAAGCAGCAGCUCGGGGUCCUCCGCCACGCGAGAGAGCGCGCGCACGAGCUGCCGCGUCUCCGUCUCUCCCUUUUCCACCUCAGGGGUGUGUUGUGAGGAGACAGGUGGUGGUGGAGGGCGGGCAGGCAGCCCCUCUCUUGCGAGACUUCCGGCGCGCUGCCAAAGGAAGCCGGAGGCAGCAGUGGUGGCAGCGGCUGAGGAGGCGGCCUGAGGGAGGAGGAAGAGGAGGGGAUGGGGAGGGACGCAGAAGUGCGGCGCUUCAGCGGCGCCGCAACCGCCUCAUGCCGGGCUCGCGGGCGGCGUGGGCGAGAGUGUCUCUCCCUCCCCCCGCUCGGGCAAACUCCUUGCGCCAGGACGACGGCAGCCCCGACGUGCUGCUUAGCAUCCCCUCCAACCAGUGCAGCAUCUUAAUGUAGUGAUUUCCCCCUCUGCAUCCCUUUCAUAACUCUAUUUUUAUAAAUCAUUUGUCCACCCAUAGUUCAAAUUUUUACUACAAGUUUUCUGUCAAUCCUACAAAUGUAUGUAACUCUUUACAAUAGCUUUUCAACUAAAUUAUAAACUUUCCCCCUUCUUUAUUAAAGAGGUCCUCUUCCUGGUUUCUAAUUCUGCCUGUAAGCUUUGCCAUCUCGACGUCGUUCAUCAGUUUUGUCUGCCCCUCUUCUUUGGUGGGAGUUGUAGACCCUUAGGAUCAUGUAGUCCAACCCCUUGCAGAACACAGUCAGUGGCAGCCAAAGCAGCCUGGCUUCAUCAGUGCCGGAUUUCUGCAUAAACUAAGCCAAAAUCCCUUAUUUUGUGUGCUGGUCCCUUAUUUUCGAGGCUGCUGGUCCCUUAUUUUCAAAUCUGUAAGUUGACAGCUAUGGAUAGACUAUAGAAGUUGACUUUGUAGCUCUGGCUUCUAGAGACCAUAAGGACGUGCCUUCUUUUCCUCCAAACUCCAACCAUCGCCUCUGUGAUCCUAAAUUGUAUGGAGGAAGACAUACUACUACUAUUUUGUUGGCCUCUUCUGCAGUUCUCCUUCAUUCAUUCAUUUCUCUUGUUCUUUGUAUAAAGACUUGAGGGAUGAGAUUAUCACCCCUCUUUUAUUGUCCAUUCUGGGUCGCCCAACCACCGCCACAGUGUCUUUUCUCUUGGCAGCUCAAGAGGAGCAGGUAACAGCAAAGUUUGCAAAGUUUUUAGCUGCGGCAAUCGGAAUAAGAUCCACUAUUUGACUAUGGAUUCAAAACCCUAAAAUGUAUUUUAUAUAAUUGACUUUUUAAUUCUAUUCUUUGUAUAUCGUAUUGUUGUUUUAUUGCUAUAGCCGAUGGCUGACGCAAAUAAAGAUUCAUUCAUUCAUUCCUCCCCUGAAGAACUUCAUACAAACCGAAGAAUUGACCUGUGCCACAAACUAGAUUUAAUGCAUACUCGUAUCAGAGUGCGCUGUAAAGUGAUACCUAUAGUCUUUUAUAUACUAAACUUUUAUGCUCUUCCACAUCCGUUUAAUGCUCCUAACCCUUCUUUUAGAUUCUUAUAGUGUUUUUUAUAUACCUUCUGUUUUAAUACUUUUUAGCUUUCCAAAAUGAAUGUACCCCACCCUACUCAUGCUGGUCUAUGACCGUAAUAAAGAUUUGAUUGAUUGAAAACGAAGAAUGGAAAUUGCUCUGUCGCCAUUGGCACAGCAGAUUCAGAACAUGCAGAGCUCCCUGUUUUAACAAUGCAAUUCUCUCAGAUCUCGCAUCUCAUGAAAUGGGUGGGAAAUGCAGUGCGGUUAAAAUGUCCCUCCCCAAUUGUUCCACAGUUGCCCAUGAUGCUUCGCAUUGGAUGCGGUGGCCUCGUGCUUGCAUGCAACGCAGUAAUGUGGACUUUCUUUGCCAAAGCCUUAAGGUACUCCUCCUCCUCGGCUACAGCAACUUUGACCUCAACAGCGUCUAACUUCAUCUCUUCCGUAAGUACAAGUUACGCCUUAGGGACAGCCAGUGUGAUCGGUCAAAGCAUGUCCUGACUGCGUUUUUUAAAAAAUUAUUAUUGUUUUUAUUAAAGAUUUUCUUGAAUUACAAAGUACGUACAUUUGCGUGAUACUUUUGGAAGACCAGUUUUUGAGUGAAAUGAUGAAUUGGCAGGAAAUUCCUAUACAGUGGUACCUCAGGUUACAUACGCUUCAGGUUACAUACGCUUCAGGUUACAGACUCUGCUAACCCAGAAAUAGUACCUUGGGUUAAGAACUUUGCUUCAGGAUGAGAACAGAAAUUGUGCUCCGGCGGCACUGCAGCAGCAGGAGGCCCCAUUAGCUAAAGUGGUUCUUCAGGUUAAGAACAGACCUCCAGAACGAAUUAAGUACUUAACCCGAGGUACCACUGUACACCUUUUCUGUUCUUGGGUACUGUACUCCCUUCUCUACUUUUGUAACAUAAAUCAGGCUAGGAGAAAGAGCAGCGCCAUGAAAUUUAAGAAUUGAACUCCAAUGCUGCUAAUAAUAUAAUACGUUAAACCAGCACAAAAUAGUGAGGCGUUGCUGCUGGAGGAGAAAAUGGUAUUUUUAGUGGUGUUCCUUACUUUUAAAAAAUGUCUCUGAGCACGUACAUGAAUCCAGGUUGGCAACUUCCCUCAGUGCCAUCUUUCAGAGUUGCUUUUAACCAAACCUCUGAUAAUUCAGUCCUAAUUUAAUAGUGUCUUCUUGUAAAGUCCUUGGUUCAAGAACUCGCUUUCUGGAACCCCUUUAAUAGGUGCUUGCGAGGCGUGUGAGGUGAGCAAGGCACUCUAGCAGAGGGAAUCUUUAAAAAGAAGCUGUUUGUUCCUAAGAAGGAAAAUGAAAUGUCCAAAUGUAAAUGCAACGUAAAAUUUUGGGAUUAAAGCACCUAUUUUUCUCUGAUUUCAACGUACAGUGAUACCUUGGUUCUCAAACACCUUGCUUCCAAACAACUUGGAACCCGGACACUGCAAACCUGAAGUAAGUGUUCCGGUUUGCGAACAUUUUUCGGAAGCCUAACAUGUUACACUUCCGAUUUGAGUGCCACGCUUCUGUUAUGAGUGUUACUCUGAGGUCUGUCUGUUUUGGGCAUUUAUUUUGCUUUUUUUUCUGGUUCUUUUUGUGGCUGUGUUCAGCUACAGAUUGAUUGAUUGAUUGUGUGACCUGCAGUACAUUGUUUAUUGCUUUCGUUUUAUGGAUCAAUAGUCUCGUAGUAAAAUUCAUGUUAAAUUGCUGUUUUAAGGGUUAUUUUUAAAAGUACGGAACGGAUUGAUCCAUUUUGCAUUACUUUCUAUGGGAAAGCACGCCUUGGUUUUGGAACGGACUUCCGGAACGGAUUAAGUUUGAGAACCAAGGUACCACUGUAUUCAGCUGCCCAGACCCCAGGGGUGGGGAACAUCCAGCCAGUGGGCCAAGUUUGUUGCUAUUAUUACUAUGUCUAUCUUCUGCUCUUCCUUCCGAAGGAGUACAGGGUGGCAGUUGCUUGAGCAGAAGUCUCCUUCUUGUCUUUUCAGGCUUUUCUUGGCAAGUUGCUCUUUGGAGAGACUCAUGCCCUGUUGUGGUGGAUAGGAAUAUCCUUAACCCUUCUCGGGCUUUUGCUGCUCCACACGACACCACCCUUAGCAGAAGAAAAGAAGGAAAAGAAGAGAUGAAAACUCACCUGUGGGUUAAAACAACCACCACCCGGGCCUUCCGGCUUGCUUUACCUCGCCUGUUACCUCUCACUUUUCUUCAUUGGGAUGGAUUUUGAGCCGAUAUCGUCGUCGUCCUGCAAAGACUACCGCAUGGGUAGGCAAACUAAGGCCCGGGGGCCGGAUGCGGCCCAAUCGCCUUUUAAAUCCGGCCCGCGGAUGGUCCAGGAAUCAGCAUGUUUUUACAUGGGUAGAAUGUGCCCUUUUAUUUAAAAUGCAUCUCUGGGUUAUUUGCGGGGCAUAGGAAUUUGUUCAUAUUUUUUUCCCCAAAAUAUAGUCCGACCCCUCACAAGGUCUGAAGGACACUGGACCGGCCCCCUGCUAAAAAGGUUUGCUGACCCCUGGACUACGGGGACAAGGUGACAGUGCAACAUAGUAUGAAGGAGGAGGGCCUUUGAGGAGAGACAUUGGCAUCUCCCUGGCCUCUGAGGUAACACUUUGGGGCAUUUGGUAAAUGGCAGUUAACCACAGAGCUAGACUUCAAAUGUGGCCCAGAGCUACCAGGACUUCUUGAAGCGAAUCUUCUUUCACAGUUUCUAAAGGGGAUGCCAUUGGUCCCUUUGGUUAGGCUGUCAAGUCAAUGCAUUUGUCUGGACCAACAUGCGUGUCGAGCACUGACAUGUAUUCAUACAUGCACUACCCACAGGCUUAGGCUCUUCGGCUAGCAGUGCCAUUUUUCUAGAAAAAGAGGUGCCGGAGCUCACCAUGAACACCUCCUUUGUUCUCUUAGAAUGGCAAUGGCGCCCACCUGAGAGGUGCCAGAACUGAGUUCUGGCUGAAGAAAAGCCCUGUCUGCUAGCAUGCAUUUGUUACAAAUGUGUGUUUACCUGUAAUCUUAAUGCCCACGAGAAGUUCUCACACAGAAGAAAUAAUAAAGCAGGCAUGCCCAAAGUCCAUUUUGGGGGCCUAAUCCAGCCCGCCAUUUGGUUCAGUCCGGCCCCUGUGGCAGUUUAUUUCCUAGGGUAAACCCUAAAAAACGCUGAACAACUUCAAUCCAAAAAAAAAAGGUUGUCAACUUUGGUCAGCCCUCGCGCAUGUUCACUUCAUCAAAUCUGGCCCUCUUUGAAAAAAGUUUGGGCACCUCUGAAAUAAAGGAAGACUGGUUUAUUACAUGAAAUGAAAGUGACAGAAUAUACGAACGCUGCUUCAGACAGCAAAAUUGCAGUUUAAGCAAACAUCAAAUCCUGUACACCUUGAUCUAAAGAGCGAGGGGAUCCCUCACUAUUCCCAGAAGCCAGCAGAAAGUGAGUGCACAAUUUUGCCACAGAAGCCACACUAGCGAGAAGGGAAGGGCUUUUUUCAGCCAGAACUUGUCAGAACUCAAAUCCGGCCCAAGAGAACAAGGGAGGUGUUCAUGGUGAGUUCCAGCACCUUUUUUCCCUAGAAAAAUAGCACUGAAGAAGGGUAUAUGUGAUCUGUAGUGAAGCACACAAUCUGGCUGGUCCUUGUGAAAAAUGGUCAGUGUUGGAGCUUUGAGAGCUAACCAGCCAUUGAAAAUCCAGGGUUGAAAUACUGUUCUGAACCAGUGCAUUCUAAUGGCGAAGGAAGUGGGGCUUUUAGAUGAGCAAUUCUUAUAAUUUCAAUAUUUCUAUCGUUCUGUUGUCUCCUCCUAGAGUUUCCUGCCUGUUUCCCGUUUUGUUUAUUCUGCUUAAUUAAAAGUUGAAAGAAUAUAAUCCUGGUGAGCUAAAUGACUAAACUGGUUAUCCUUGUUUGUUUACUGUCUUAAACUUAUCUUGCUAUUUAUCUAGGUGGGAACCAUUCUUCUACAGGAGGUGUUGAUUAAAUUUGGCCAGUAACUAGAUUGCAUGUGCUGAUCUUGACACACAGGUGUUAGGAGCUCAAAAUGUCUCCUUGAUGCCUUCCAGGACAGGUUUGAGAUAAGACUGGCACCGGGUUCAAGAAAAGUUCAUAAUGGAGAUCUUUACUCAUAUUAAGUUAUGCCAGCCUUUACUCAUGUCGUGAUCUACGGUAAUAAACAAUAGAAAAAGUUCAGAUGGACAGACACCUCUUCACACUAAUUCUACAUUUGCUUGCCUCUCCCACUUCACAGAUUGUGUAUGUAUUUUACACCUAGUCUUUCUUUUAUCUGUUCCAGUUUAACUGCACGUAAUAGACUUUAAAUGACAGAGCCAAACUUGAAAACACAUGGAUUGAUGUUUCUGGGGACAUUGCUUGGUAUAAUCCCGUAGCAAUUGUUAGCCCACCUUUUUUGUCUUCUCGGCACCUAACCUUCACUUGUUCAAAUGUAAUCAGACCCUGAUAAGGCCGAAUUUGAAUCCAAAUUCAGCCAGAGUCACUGAGCUAACGACCAACCGCGAUGCCCAUUUGCCCAUCUGUGAAAUGGAAAGAGUAUGUGACCUCCUUAGGGUUUGUGGUAGACCAGGUGUGGGAAACAUGGUCUUCAUUUCAUAUAAGUGGUGAAGAAUAAAUGCAACAAGGAAGUGUGGUUUAGGCUGAAAUCUUAAGGAAUCUUCUUUUUUUUUAAAGAUUUUUAUUGAUACAGCAAGAAAAAAGAAAAAAACACAAAUACCAAAUUACACACAGGAAUAAUCAUAGACACAUAAUUUUCUUAGCAAACAAUAAAACAUAUAUUGGUCUUAACACUAAAGACCCGACCUCCUGUCUAUUCCAUAUUUUGAUUUCAUAUUACUUAUUGCCAAUACACACUUUUAUCAUAAUUAAACUUUUUCUUAAUAUAUCUAAUUUCUUAUAUCUACCUUGCAACUAUUACUGAAGUUCCUCGAAUGCUACAACAGAAUUUAAACUACUAUAUUUAUUUUUCAGAUAUUCUUUGAAAACCUCCCAUUUUGAAACAAAUUCCUGUUUUGAUUUAUUCUUUAUUUUUUCUGAUAGACCAUCUAAUUCGGCAUAUUCUGUCAGCUUUUGGAUCCAAUCUUGAAUAGAGGGGAUUUCAUUACUCUUCCAUUUUGCCGCAAUCAGAACUCAAGAAUCUUAAAGGAAAGUACAGGUAUCUCAAAGCAAAAGAUCUCAAAGCACAGGGAUCUCAAAAGCACCUAAUUUUCUGUGGCACCACUGUUUGCCUGUUCAUAAGACUUCUCGUGUCUGUUCUGUUCUUCCAUAGAACACACUACAUCAGGGUCUGUCGCACCUUUCUCAGAAAAAAAUAAUAAUUACCCAGCGCACCCCUGGAAAUCUACCUUCUUUAAGUGAACAAAGAUGCAAUGACAAAUUGGUGUUCUUUUUAUGUAUCUAUAUUUCUACCUACAUCCUACAACAUAGGAAAGAAAGAUGCUGUCGACGGACUUGACCACAGAUCGGUUUUAACUUGCAUUUUGUGUGUUUGUUUGGAAAAUAAAGUAAUCACUGCAACUUCAACUCUGCAUUACAUUGGUAAGCGUCAUUACACAACAGGUGAAAC